AUGGUAAAAAGAAAGCAAGUCCUCCGCCUCUGGAAGACGGGCGCGGCGAAGCGGACGUGCAAGGACUCCCUCCUCGCCCGGAACAAGGAAGUACUCCUGGAGCAACUGGACUACUCGUUGCACGUGGUCCAGAGGAUCCUCGGACGAGAGCACCUCAUCCUCCCGCAGCUGGUGGCCCUCUCCCCUCGCGACGCGGAACACCUCCGGCUGAGCGUCCGGGCCUUGCGUCCAGUAGAAAGCCGACGAGAGAAGGAGUUGAUCCCGGGGAACGUGUACGGGAUUCUGGCCGACGACUGCGCUUUCAUGGGUUCGAGACCGUCCUCGGGUCCGUCGUGGUGCGUGGAAAUCAAAGCGAAGCAAGGGGUUCUCCCCCCGGAUUGGCAGGAACCGCUCUGCCGUUUCUGUCUCCAUCAGCACAUGAAGAUGAGGAAGAAGAAGCUGGAGUACAUGUCGCCUUACUGUCCGUUCGAUCUCUUCUCCGGUUGCCCGUGGCGAACGAAGGAGGCCGUCUACGGACUCCUUUCCUCUCCGCAGAACAACCUGAAGAUAUUCCGAGUGAGCGACUCGAAGGGGUACGGGGCGGUGCGAAAGGCGAACCGGUUCGACGCGUUUUUCUAUUUUUUCUCCCGGACAGGACGGGAAGUCGAUAUACGGCGACGAACGACACCGGUCGUUGCCUUCGAAGGAGGUCCUGGCAGCCUGGUUCCCUUCGGCUUCCUCGUCUCACGAGUGAGUCCGCGAGAGGCCCGGAGGGUCGGAGAAGAGAAGAGAAAGAAGGAAGUGAGAGAUGCGGGCGAGGGGAAGCGAGGGCCACGAAGGGCCGAGUCCCGUUGCUCCGCCAAGGACAUCGAUGGGGGGGAAUACGGAACCGCAGCCGAGAAAGGGCAUCUUCAUCGCGGUCGACUCGCUUCUCGAUGCGAAGGCCGACCGGGGUUUCGUGACGCGUUUCGGGCCGGAUUCGUCGACCGGAAGAACGGGAACGGGAUCGUGAGGGCUGACCUUCACGCGUCGGGAUCGGAGUCGGCGGAGCACGAAGGCAUUCUCGCGCGAUGGAUUUUUCUCUUCCGUCGAGUCGUGGGGUUCGUUCGGGCUUUACUCGUGUUUCUGGGACGUAAACGAAGAGAGAGAGGUGAAAUCGUUUACCCUCGAUUCCCGCCGAAGGACCGUGCGCCGCUCGCGAGGAGGAAAACGGUCGCCGGGCGGGGGGAACGUUUUUACGGGCUCGGACUUCCAGAGGGCGACGUCGGUCGGUUGCGCCUUUCGCGAGGAUAUCCGAUGCAGAACUGGGAAGACGGCCAGAUCGUGAGGCGUUGGGGGAUGGCGGCGAUUCCAGAUGCGGUUUCCUUAUUCGGGGGAGGUCAUUCGUACCGGUCGGCGACGCCUCUGGGAUAUUCAAACGAAGAGGAAGCAGGGGUGCAGCCCUGCCAGAAACUCAUUCCAGGGAUGGUCUGGGGGCAGAAGGGUCAAGGGGAGCCCUGA